AUGGCGCAUAUUCCUGCUGGUCUGCCGUCCCGCACAUGGAGCAACUCUUCUAUGGAUGUGGGAGCCGCUCACUUGAUGAAGUGCAAGCGUGAACCAAAAUCAUCAAGUCAGCAAGCAGAUGACCUUCGCAAGAAGCUGCAGGAAAUGCAAGGGCAGCUUGAUCGCGCACAGAAGAUCAAGAUGAGUGGCCGUGUGAGUAUGAGUCUCAAGGCGGAUCCGUCUCCCAUGAAAAGGGAGAUCAAGGAGAAGAAGUCGCCUCCUGAUGUCACCGACAAGCUGAGCAAGGAUCAGAUCAACACGAUGUACUUGCAAGAGAUUGCUGAGCUUGAAGCCCGCAGACGUGCGCUAGUUCAGUGGUGCCAAGAUGCCGCGCAUGGCAAUUCUACGAGCUCGACGCCACCCCCUGCCUCCUCCCGAUCUGAUUCCCCGGCACCAAGCACUUUGCCUCCGAGGACAGAAGCUUCGAGCUCACACAACGGAUCAGUGAGCUCGCGUGCAAAUGAGGAGCAGGUCGAGGUGCAAGCCGGUGGACAUGUCUAUGUCAAUGGGAAGUAUCUAUCUGAUUCUGCUGUGGAGCAGCGCUUGCGUAGGCUGUGCGCAAUCAAGAAAUCAGGUAUUUGUGAGGCCGGGGAAGAUUGCAGGAAAAUGUUUCAGAAGGGUGGUGAUGACCGCGCUACUCUUAUGGAGUUGUUCAAGCAGAGUGGCCUCAAGAAGGAUUUGCUGAAGCGCAAGGUGAUGCAGACUCUCGAAAAGGAGAUGAAGAAGAAGCUCACGGUCACCGCAGGCUGGUACACGGAAACCCAAAUGGCGAAAAAGCUUGACUUCACUGAGGAAGAUAUCAAAGCUGUAGUGGAGUACACCUCCACUCGGCCGGCUCUCCAAAGGCCAUGGAAAUACAACCCCAAAGUCUUGCAGCACUGGGUCGAGACAGACGAGAGUGGUGAGUUGUCAUAUUCCGAGAGUGGCCGAACUACUGACUCUGUGGAGGUCGACGUGACUGAUGCAGCAGGCAUGCCAUCGCUUGUGAACUUGGGCUGCGACGGCAAUUCCACGGAACCAUUGAUGCCGCCUGCUGACGGUGGGGUUGAGGGCGAGGACGUGCUUGCCCAUGUGGCCAAGAGUAUGCAGUGCCUGAUUGUCAAGAGUGCAAAGAUGGCUGAUUUGGCGGCCAAGCUAAAUGAUGCUACUUGCCCUGCGGAGCACAAGUCCCAAGCCUCAAGCCUGGCGUCUACAAUGCUGCAGCUGCAAAGCAAAAUCGACGCCAGCUAUGAUGAUUUGGCCAAGCUGUCUGCCAAGAUGAAGAAUCAAGCUGAGGUGAAGAAGCACGAGGCGGCCUGCAGAAACAUGCUGGAAGAAGCCGAAGUGCAGGGCAGCCAGUGCACUCGACUCGAAGCUACUGCGAGCCCACUCCUGCGCAUCAUCAAGAAGGCCUCUGCCAGCGUUGAGGAUGGUGCUGAGCCUGCCGAGAGCAAAGCUCCAAAGAAGAGAAAGGCAGCUGAAAAGCCCAAGGCUGCCAAGAAGUCUAAGAAGUGA